CACUACUCCUCUCUUCCAUAAUUCUGACCAUUCUUACUUAGACCUCACUCUUUGCCCCCUCCCUCUAUCCUCUGUGCUCCCAUCUCUUCCAUGUUUAUUUAUCGUCUGUUGUACUUUCAGUUCUUCCUUGUCUGUCUUUGCACACACACACACACACACACACACACACACACACACACACACAAUGUGAUCAUUCUCAUUUCUCUCUCUUCUCCCUUCUUUCAUUCUCCAUUCGUCACCGUCUUUCAUUCACUCUCUUUGUAAUUCUAUAUACAUUUAUUACUCUUUCACAUAUGUGAGUCUUCUCAAAUACCUUUUCCUCCCUUAUCUUCUCUUCUUCAUUUGUCAUAUUUCCCCCUCCACUUCUGCCCCUUGUCUCUGUAAAUGUAUUUUUAUUUCUGAUUUCUCUCUCUCUUUCUCUCACUUUGUCUUUUAGUCUAUCUAUCUCUCUGUAAAUUUUACUAUUUCUCUGUCAAACACACACACUUAUACUCUCUCUCUCUCUCUCUCUCUCUCUCUCAGUCUAUCUAUAUCUUUCUUAAUCUCUAUUUCUCUGUCAAUCUCUGUCUUUCUAUUAGUAGAGCUUUUCCAAUCAAGCCAUAUCCCUCUGUUGUUCUUUCACUGUUAAUUCUUACUAUUUUUCUCUGUUAACCCCUCUCUUUCCCCUCUUUCUGUUAACCUCACUCUUUCCCUAUCAAUCUCUCUAUUUACCUCUCUAUCAAUCCCUCUUUGUUAGUCUUACUAUUUCUCUAUCAAUCUUUCUCUCUCCGUCCUUUUUUUCUAUGUUUAUCUCUUGGGUCCAUUCCGUCCGAUUCUUGUUUUUUCUCUUCUCGCAAUCUUCUUUCGCCUUAUCUUUCUUUCUCUGUCAUUCUCUCUACCCUACAGUCUCUCCUUGCUCUGUCUUUAUCCAUUCUGUCGCCUUCUCUCUUUCACUUUUUCCCUUUUUUUCCCCUCACCUGUUUUAUUUAUGCAACUUCCUAGUUGGACCCUGCAAUCAACAUUGUCUUUUGUAUCGAUAUAUCUAUCUACCCUCUUUCACACACAUUCUCAUCUCACUAUCCAUCAAUUUCUCUCACCCUCAUUCUCUCUAUCCACCCAUCCAUCCAUCUAUCUAUCUAUCUAUCUUUAUUUAUUUCACUAACCCGCGACCCUGAUAUAUACAUAAUAUACUAUGAAAACGCAUGCUCAACGUUCACAGAUAAAAAGAAAAGCAGCACGAAAACAAACAGCAAAUAUAGCAAACACGAAAGACAACAAACAUCAUUGGUAACAUCAACAACUAGAAACCUAGCAGCCAAACGAAAGCCAAAACGAAGCGAAACCUUAAAACAGCAAGUGCGCCGAGCUGAGCGAAACACGACCAGCGGACGAAUUAUAUGUGGAUUCUUGUUUCUUUUAUGUCCACUGUCAACUACAUAACUUGUGUUCCUGUAAAGAAACACCAAAAUUGAUAAGAACCUCUGAACCAUCAAUUGAGAAACUGUCUCUAGUUCUAUCGGAAGAAUGUUAUACAAAAAUGAAUUCCAGUUUAAUUCCCUCCAUUUGUUAUUUAAUUUGAAUGAGAACAUUCUCCGUAUUUUCCUAUGGAGUCUCAACCAACUUCUUGGACUUUUUGUCUUGACCACUCCAGAAAUGGACAGUAUAUUUACCAUCCUUUUAAACAUGACUCUUGUCUUGCCCUGUUUAGUUCUCCUUUUUGUUACUUUACCAUUGGGUAUUGUUGGAUUUUUCAUACGAUGUGCCUUGCACCAAUUCAGGAAACCCUAUGUGUAUAGCUACCAAAAACCAAUGUUUCUAGACAUCAGCAGGGUACCCUGUAAAGUGGCUAUCGCCACGUCCAAUGUCUGCCUCCUGCCAGAGUUUCUUUCUCGCUACAAUAAUUUGCUAGACGGUGAUCGAAGGGCGCGGUUAAUUGGCGAGAGGAUAGUUGACGAUGAAUGUCUGAACCUCAAAAGAAGUAACGACGUUAGUGAAGGCAACAACACUAGAGCUAACUGUGAUAAUCACGCAUUACAUUCUUCAUGCAAUGGUCCAGAAACUGCUUCACACAAUAAUCUGAAUUCUAACUUUUCUUCUUAUCACAAAGACAGUAACCAUAUCCACAUGAGAAACGUGAAUGAUUCAAAAGCUUUCAACAGAGAGAUCCUGGCACAUUUUCCCCAACUUGAUUUUGUCUGUUUCCAAGAAACAUGGAACCGAGACUUGGCCAAAAAACUCCUACAUAAAAUCCAUCCUGUUUUUCCAUACAUAAUUUACGAUGUAGGUGUGAUGAACAUGUCCAGCAACAGGUUCCUAAUCAACAGCGGACUGAUGGUUGCCAGCAAAUACCCUGUCGAAGAUGUUGAAUUCAAGUGGUUUAAGCAGUCGACUUUGGCCUGCCGCUUCAGUGGCAAAGGUUUACUUAUGGUCAAGAUAGUUCUUGGAGAAGAGAAGACUGGUAAAAGGGCGGUUGGCUAUGUUUAUAACACACAUCUACAGGCUUAUGAAGGUGAAGAGAAAAUUUUAGACAAACAACUCAACGAUAUUGUGGACUGGACCACUGAUUUUAAGAAGAGCACCCAUCGAGAAAAUGAUGACGUCAAAUUUGACUUUCUUUGUGGAGAUUUCAACUUCGACAAUUUAUCACCAGGUGAAGCCCACCUUCAGAAUCACCCCAUUUACAACAUUUACGAAGAUCCUGGUCGUGUACGUGAUGGUGUCGACUGUCCCUGGGUUGUUGGUACAGAAUUACGUCCACUUCUGUUGUGGGACAAAGCCAUAUCUACACCAGAAGGUUUGAGAAUAGUGCUGCAGGAUCCAGAUUUACGCCACCAAUUUAUCAACGAUGCCAAUAUUCAAAAGAAGACAAUAUCGGAACUUUGCCACACUCUUCCACAGCUUGAUGAAAAUGGUAAAAUGAAAUUAAGAUGUGAAAUUGCUGGCAAAAGAAGAAUUGAUCGCAUCUUUUACAGAAAAGAAAGCCCUGUUAAAAUCAAAGCAUACAAUUUCAUCAGCCGGUUGGCAUCCCUCACAGAUCACAUUCCCGUUGCAAUGACAGUCCAAAUUUCGACCAAUUCCUCUUGAUUCUUCUAUAGAACAAGCCUCCUUUAUUUUCUGGGGACUUCAUAUAUUUAUUUUAUUUAUUUUGUUUUUGAUAUUUUGUAUGUAUGUAUAUGUAUAUAUAUAUAUAUAUAUAUAUAUAUAUAUAUAUAUAUUUGUUUUGCCUUUUUUUUUAUUGGAAACAUUCUUCUGUUGUUUGCUGUUGUUGUUGUCGUCAUCGACGAUCACAUUCCCGGUGAGCACUGUAGCUGUAAGAGGGGAGGUGGCGCUGUAGUCGCUCUCUGUGGCAAAACCAUGUUUGCUGAAAUACUGGGUUCUAAUUAUUAGCCUUGACCUUGCUUGCUCAUGCUACCUGUAAACAGGUAGGUAGACACAUGAACAUUCUGACUUCUAUUCCCCACCACCACCACCACCACCACUACUAAUGUUUCAACCUUGGUAUUCCCACCCCAUCCAUCCUCCCAUUCUGCUUAACCGAUCUCUGAUGUCAAAUAGGGCCAAAUACCUUUGAUUGAAAAAUGUCAAGAUUAGUUAAACUCUCAAAGACAAGAAAAACACAAUACUGCUAAAAAUUCAUGUGUAUGUGGUGUGUGAUGACAGUGUGUAAAUGGAUGUGUGUGUGUGUAUAUAUAUAUACACACACUCACACACACACAUAUAACAUGUAUGUAUAUAUAUAUAUGCAUAUAUAUAUAUCCAAUGAAAUAUCCCAAGCUAUGCAUUCUGGGAUAGUGUUGUCAAUUUAACAUCAUCUGCAGUAGUUUGUGAUUGUGAUGGCAUUAUUUUUAUUGAAUUGCCAAUCUAUUGCACACACUCACACACACACCACCUUGGUCAGAUGCAUAAUAUGACCUCUAGUAUGUUAACUACCAGAAUCCAACAUGCUUUCACCUUUUCUCUUUCUGUGACCUUCCCAUCUUUCGAUAAUUUCAAGGCAGUUAUGGUUGGCAUCAGAUGAUGACUUUGAGAAGCAGUAUAGGUUUUGCUUUUGUCUUUUUUUUUUUUGUUUUUUGUAUUUUGUUUGUUGAAAAUCAAAAAGCAAAAAAGAAAGGUAAAAAAAUAUAACUAACAAACCAAGAAGCUCCUUAAAUCCAAAACUCAGAAUUUCCUGUGUAAUACUGCCCCAUCAUCACUACCAUCCCACCAUGACCACCACUCCUAAACUGCUGUUAAUACAAAACCUGGAGUGAGUUUUUAAUUGAUAUCAUUAUUCUUUUAUUCUUUUACUUGUUUCAGUCAUUUGACUGUGGCCAUGCUGGGGCACCACCUUUAGUUGAGCAAAUCGACCCCAGGACUAAUUCUUUGUAAGCCUAGUACUUAUUCUAUCAGUCUUUUUUGCCGAAUUGCUAAGUUACAGGAACAUUAACACACCAGCAUCAGUUGUCAAGCGAUGUUGGGGAAGAAAUACAGACACAAACGUACACACACACACAUAUGUAUACGACAGGCUUCUUUCAGUUUCCAUCUACCAAAUCCACUCACAAGGCUUUGGUCGAGCUGAGGCUAUAGUAGAAGACACUUGUCCAAGGUGCCAUACAGUGGGACUGAACCUGGAACUAUGUGGUUGUAAGCAAGCUACUUACCUCACAGCCACUUCUGCGCCUAUUGUCAAUAUUAUGAUAAUUAUUAUUGGGUGAGCUGGCAGAAUCAUUAGCAUGUCGGGCGAAAUGCUGAGCAGUAUUUCAUCUGUCGCUAUGUUCUGAGUUCAAAUUCCACUAAGGUCAACUUUGCCUUUUACCCUUUCGGGGUUGAUAAAUUAAAUAUUGGUUAAGUAUUGGGUCAAUGUAAUUGACUGUCCCCCUCCCCACAAAAUCCAGGCUGUGUGCCUAUAGUAGAAAGGAUUAUUACAUUUAUGUGAAAGGCAGCAAGCUAACACAAACGAGAGCAUGCCAGACAUGCCCUGACCUCGCCUUUCAUCCUUUCAGGGUUGAUAAAGUAAGUACCCGUUGCAUACUGGGGUGUUGAUGUAGUCAACUAGACUCCUCCAAUUUCAGAAAUAACCCAAUAUAUUUACCAUUAAUUUCGUGAAAUACUCAUGAGUCCUGCUAAUAAUAAUAAUUAUCCUUUCUACACUAAGCACAAGGCCUGAAAUUUCGGGGGAGGUGUGAGUUGAGCCUCAAUGCUCAACUGGUACUUAUUUUAUCGACCCCUAAAGAAUGGAAGGCAAAGUCUACCUUGGCAGAAUUUGCACUCAGAAUAUGGCUAAGCAUUUCGACCGACGUGCUAAUGAUUUUCCAGCUCGCCACCCUAUUUAAUAAUGAUAAUAAUAAUAAGAAGAAGAACAUGUUAUCGUUGUUGUUGUGUUUAAAUUUAAGACGACACUAUAGUGCCUAAUUUAUCAAUAUACAGAAAAGUAUCACUUAGUGACCAUUUUAAUUAUUAUUUAUUGAUAAGUUAUUGUUCAUUAUA